AUGGGUUCCUGGUGUAUUACGAUUUGGAUUCUUAUCUGGGCCAUUUCAUCCACCUCCUGUGUAGAAGUCAAACAUGGUAAAUUACCAAACCACAGAGAUCAUGUCUGCAGCACCUGGGGAAACAAUCACUUUAAGACUUUCGACGGGAAUUUUUAUACGUUUCCUGGAACUUGCGACUAUAAUUUUGUGUCUGACUGCAAUCAAGUGUAUAAAGAUUUCUCCGUUCAUAUUAAACGGACAAUCUCUAAGGGGCAUCCCAAGAUACAUUACAUCACAACAACAAUCAAGGAUAUUGUGAUUUUUAUGACAGCCAAAAUUGUGGUCAUCAAUGGAGCUAUAGUCUCACUCCCUUACUAUGGAUCUGGUCUGUAUAUAGAACAAAAUGUUCAAUAUACUAAGCUCUAUGGAAAAUUUGGAUUGACUCUAAUGUGGAACAGAGAGGAUGCUUUAAUGGUGGAACUUGAUGUGAAAUUUCAAAAUACGACCUGUGGGCUCUGUGGAGAUUACAAUGGGCUUCCUUUAUACAAUGAAUUCAUUGCAGAUGGCCAACGAUUUUCAUCAAUUCAUUUUGGAAAUCUGCAAAAAGUCCAUCAGCCAAACGAGAAAUGUGAAGAUGUAGAUGAACGUGAGAUAGAAACCAGUGCUUUGUGUGAGCAAUAUAGAGAAGCUUGCGAAAAUCUCCUUUCAAAAAACUCAUUUGCAGAUUGCAAGUCCCGCUUAAAUAUCGAACAUUAUAUUCAGGCCUGCAUACAAGACAUGUGCACCUGCAGUAAAGUCUUAGAUUCAUUCUGCUUGUGUAGCACAGCCUCUGAAUAUUCCAGGCAAUGCUCCCAUGCUGGUGGGAAACCAGAAAACUGGAGGACAGAGACAUUUUGCCCAAAGAAAUGUCCUUUAAACAUGAUCUAUAAGGAAAGUGGCUCUCCCUGUAUGAACAGUUGUUCUCAUCUCGACACAAGCAGCUUGUGUGAGGAGCACUACAUGGAUGGCUGCUUCUGCCCAUCAGGAACGGUGCUUGAUGACUACUCUGGCACUGGAUGCAUUAGUGUGAAGGAGUGUAAAUGUACAUUAAAGGGCAAACAUUAUAAUCCAGGCGCUCUGAUUUCAACAGAAUGUGAAGAAUGUCUCUGUGACGGAGGUAAAUGGCUGUGCAAAAAUCUACCAUGUCCAGGUGUCUGCUCAUUUGAGGGAGGAGCACAUGUUUCCACUUUUGAUGGCAUGAAAUACACAUUUCACGGUGACUGCUAUUACAUUCUUUCUAAGGACUGCGAUAAGCAGCAGUACACACUGCUGGCAGAAAUAGCUCCAUGUGGAACAAUUGUAUCAGAAACUUGCCUAAAAACACUAGUGUUAACAACUGACCACAGGCAUAAUGUGCUUAUUUUUAAAGAUAAUGGGAAUGUUCUUAUUAAUGGAGUCAAAACAACAUUACCAUUGGUAACAGCAAAUUAUACUGUUUUCCAACCAUCAACAUUCCACAUCCUGUUAGAGACCCGGUUUGGCCUGCAGCUGCAAGUCCAACUAAUUCCUCUAAUGCAAGUCUACAUAACACUAGACCAAUCAUACAAAGGGAAAACAUGCGGUUUCUGUGGGAAUUUUAAUGAUAUUCUGAAUGAUGAUUUCAAGGCAAGUGAUGGCAUAAUUGAGGGAACAGCUGCAUCCUUCGCAAAUACAUGGAAAGCCCAGCGGAAAUGUGUGGAUAAAACAGAUCGUCUGGAAAACCCUUGCACUAUCAGUGUGGAAAACAAAAACUAUGCUGAGUACUGGUGUUCACUUUUAAAAGAACCUGGAGGAGAUUUUGCGCCCUGCCAUUCGACCAUUCAACCAAAUGAAUAUUUCAAGAAAUGUAUGUAUGACAGUUGCAACUGUGAUAAAAAUGAGGACUGCAUGUGUUCUGCACUAUAUUCAUAUGUCCGAGCUUGUGCAAGCAAAGGGGUCAUGUUAACUAAUUGGCGGACAAAAGUAUGUGACUCUUACACGAAGACCUGUCCAGAGACAUUAAUAUACAGUUAUGAUGUGAAAAGUUGCAAGCGCACAUGCCAUUCUCUGAGUGAGAAGGAUAUUACCUGUGGAAUCCAACAUGUGCCAGUGGAUGGAUGUGGCUGCGCUGAUGGAAUGUAUAUGACUGAAAAAGGCAGAUGUGUGCCCUCGUCUGAGUGUCCAUGCCUCUAUCAGGGUACCCUCUUAAAUGCUGGAGAGAUGAUUAAUCAAGGAGAUACACAUUGCGUGUGUCAAGAUGGAAAAAUGCAAUGCAUUGUAUCGCUGUAUAGAAUACAAAAAUGUUUUCCACCCAAGAUCUAUUUAAGUUGCAAUACUACAGAGCCAGGCACAACAGGGACAGAGUGUCGUCGUACUUGUGGAAACCAAAAUCUGGACUGUUACAGUGAGAAAUGUGUGUCAGGCUGUGUUUGCCCUGAGGGGAUGAUGGAUGACAGAAAUGGAAGUUGUGUUAUUGAAGACAAUUGCCCCUGUGUGCACAAUAAUUUUCAUUAUCCACCUGGAAGCAGAAUCUCAGUUGAUUGUAACACUUGUACUUGCCAGAAAGGCAGCUGGGACUGUACAAAUAUUCCCUGCUUUGGAGCAUGUACAAUAUAUGGAAGUGGUCACUACAUUACAUUUGAUGGCAAGCGCUACAAUUUUGAUGGGAACUGUGAAUACAUUGCUGCACAGGAUUACUGUGGAGAUAAUCUUGCCAAUGGCACCUUCAGCGUAAUUACAGAAAACAUUCCCUGCGGAACAACUGGAACAACAUGUUCUAAAUCAAUCAAACUGUUCUUUGAGAAUUUUGAGUUGAAACUAGCUGAAAGAAAACAUGAAAUAAUUCAGAGGAAUGAAAACAACAAGAUCCCUUUCACUAUCCGUAUUCUUGGCCUUUAUCUGACUGUGGAAGCUGACAAUGGGUUGAUUCUGAUAUGGGACAAAAAGACGAGUGUUUUUAUUAAGUUGAGCCCUUCUUACCAGGGUUAUAUUUGUGGCUUAUGUGGCAAUUUUGAUGGAAAUGCCAACAAUGACUUCAUGACAAGAAGCCAGUCUGUUGUUGCUGAUGUAAUUGAGUUUGGAAAUUCCUGGAAGCUAACUGCUAACUGCCCAGAUGUUGAGCCCAAUGAUGACCCUUGCACUGAGAAACCACACCGCAAAGGCUGGGCACAGAAGCAAUGCUCCAUAAUUACAAGUGACAUCUUUGCAAAUUGUCAUAAAAUGGUUGAUCCAAAUCCGUUUUAUGAUUCUUGUGUCCAUGAUUCAUGUUCUUGUGACAGUGGUGGAGACUGUGAGUGUUUUUGCACUGCUGUAGCUGCCUAUGCUUUUGCCUGCAAUGAAACUGGGGUGUGCAUUGACUGGAGGACCCCUGAAAUCUGUCCCAUGUACUGCAGUUUCUACAACCCUUCUCCUGAAAUGUGUGAAUGGCAUUAUUAUCCUUGUGGAUUCCCUUGCUUUAAAUCAUGCCUAAACCCACUUGGCCUCUGCAACAUCACGUUCCAGUUAGAAGGGUGUUAUCCCAAAUGUCCAGAAAAUACACCCAUCUAUGAUGAACAUUCAAAACAGUGUGUUGCUCAAUGUGGCUGUUAUGAAAAUGGAAAAUAUUAUGAAAUUAAUGAAACUAUUGAAACCACAAACAACUGUGAGAAAUGCUUGUGCACACCAGAAGGUAUUAAAUGCAUGAACGACAGCAGUGCUUGUGUUUGUAUAUACAAUGGCACAGUGUACCAUCCAAAUGAAGUUAUCUACAACAUAACAGAUGGGCUAGGAGAUUGCAUUGUGGCAUAUUGUGCUGACAAUGGAACAAUUAUUAGAAUAAUAAAGCCUUGUGCACCAACUAGUACCACCACAACAACACCACUGACUCUUUCGCCAUUUUCAAUCACAGCCAGUACAGCUACUUGUGUGAUAGUGGAACAAUGUGAAUGGACCCAGUGGAUAAGUGUAACCAAGCCAAAGUCUGGUUUUUGGGGAGGUGAUUUUGAAACAUAUGAUAAAAUUAAGGAGCAUGGAUAUGCAAUUUGUGAUGCUCCAAGCAACAUUGAAUGCAGAGCCAUACAUGCACCAGAUGUGGAAUUGGAAGAUAUUGAACAAACAGUAGAGUGCAAUAUUUCUUUUGGCCUCAUAUGUGAAAACAAGAACCAAGAUUACAUGAAAACGUGCUAUGACUAUGAAAUCCAACUGUUAUGCUGCAAUUUUAUAUGUCAAGCUCCAACAACAACAGAAUCAAGGACAACAACGGCGCAUAUUACCACAAUGACUUCUGCAGAAUCACUCUCAACUGCAACAACAGCACAGAGUACAAAAACAACAGAAGUCUCAAAGGCAACAAAGGAAUCACCAACUACACCGAAAAUAUUCAGAACAACGACUGCGGUGCCAACAACAGUCCAAACAAAAGAAUCAUACACUUCAACUCCACAUUCAGCCAAAUUCUCAACAACAAUCACAAAUAAGCAUUCAACUACAAGUGUAAAAAUACACACUGGCUCGACAACAACUACGACCUGUACAACUGAAACCACGGGGACCGUGGAAACGCAUUCACCCACCGCUCCACCUUCAACCAACUCCCCAAUCACAACAUUCUCUGCAACUACGACCACAACAUCACCCACACCCACAGGGCCACCUCAAUCAUCAUCAACAUCACACAAAACACAAUCGUCAACCGCUUCCACCAGUGUUUCUCCAACUGUGACCACGACCACAUCGACACCUAGUGAAACACCAACUGAAACAAGCCAACCACCAAGCUCACCCACUACAGUCACUUUAACCCCGACAAUGACGAGCACUUCAACAAGCACAACCGUGACUGCAACUACAACUGCUCAGUCAUCAACCCCAACAGCAACAAUUAGCAUAACGUCACCUUCUACAGAAUCCACAACCAUGACAGUAUCCAAAAUAUCAACCACAACCACAGCAUCAACGCCGUUAACAUCUUCAAAACUGCCAACAUCCACACCCACUCCACAUUCAACAAGCACUGCGGAAACACCCACCGGCUCAAAGACAACUACAACCUGUACAACUGAAACCACGGGGACCGUGGAAACACAUUCACCCACCGCUCCACCUUCAACCACCUCCCCAAUCACAACAUUCUCUGCAACUACGACCACCACAUCACCCACACCCACAGGGCCACCUCAAUCAUCAUCAACAUCACACAAAACACAAUCGUCAACCGCUUCCACCAGUGUUUCUCCAACUGUGACCACGACCACAUCGACACCUAGUGAAACACCAACUGAAACAAGACAACCACCAAGCUCACCCACUACAGUCACUUUAACCCCGACAACGACGAGCACUUCAACAAGCACAACCGUGACUGCAACUACAACUGCUCAGUCAUCAACCCCAACAGCAACAAUCAGCAUAACGUCACCUUCUACAGAAUCCACAACCAUGACAGUAUCCAAAAUAUCAACCACAACCACAGCAUCAACGCCGAUAACAUCUUCAAAACUGCCAACAUCCACACCCACUCCACAUUCAACAAGCACUGCGGAAACACCCACCGGCUCAAAGACAACUACAACCUGUACAACUGAAACCACGGGGACCGUGGAAACACAUUCACCCACCGCUCCACCUUCAACCACCUCCCCAAUCACAACAUUCACUGCAACUACGACCGCAACAUCACCCACACCCACAGGGCCACCUCAAUCAUCAUCAACAUCACACAAAACACAAUCGUCAACCGCUUCCACCAGUGUUUCUCCAACUGUGACCAUGACCACAUCGACACCUAGUGAAACACCAACUGAAACAAGACAACCACCAAGCUCAUCCACAACAGUCACUUUAACCCCGACAACGACGAGCACUUCAACAAGCACAACCGUGACUGCAACUACAACUGCUCAGUCAUCAACCCCAACAGCAACAAUUAGCAUAACGUCACCUUCUACAGAAUCCACAACCAUGACAGUAUCCAAAAUAUCAACCACAACCACAGCAUCAACGCCGAUAACAUCUUCAAAACUGCCAACAUCCACACCCACUCCACAUUCAACAAGCACUGCGGAAACACCCACCGGCUCAAAGACAACUACAACCUGUACAACUGAAACCACGGGGACCGUGGAAACACAUUCACCCACCGCUCCACCUUCAACCACCUCCCCAAUCACAACAUUCUCUGCAACUACGACCACAACAUCACCCACACCCACAGGACCACCUCAAUCAUCAUCAACAUCACACAAAACACAAUCGUCAACCGCUUCCACCAGUGUUUCUCCAACUGUGACCACGACCACAUCGACACCUAGUGAAACACCAACUGAAACAAGACAACCACCAAGCUCAUCCACAACAGUCACUUUAACCCCGACAACGACGAGCACUUCAACAAGCACAACCGUGACUGCAACUACAACUGCUCAAUCAUCAACCCCAACAGCAACAAUCAGCAUAACGUCACCUUCUACAGAAUCCACAACCAUGACAGUAUCUAAAAUAUCAACCACAACCACAGCAUCAACGCCGAUAACAUCUUCAAAACUGCCAACAUCCACACCCACUCCACAUUCAACAAGCACUGCGGAAACACCCACCGGCUCAAAGACAACUACAACCUGUACAACUGAAACCACGGGGACCGUGGAAACACAUUCACCCACCGCUCCACCUUCAACCACCUCCCCAAUCACAACAUUCACUGCAACUACGACCGCAACAUCACCCACACCCACAGGGCCACCUCAAUCAUCAUCAACAUCACACAAAACACAAUCGUCAACCACUUCCACCAGUGUUUCUCCAACUGUGACCACGACCACAUCGACACCUAGUGAAACACCAACUGAAACAAGACAACCACCAAGCUCACCCACUACAGUCACUUUAACCCCGACCACGACGAGCACUUCAACAAGCACAACCGUGACUGCAACUACAACUGCUCAGUCAUCAACCCCAACAGCAACAAUCAGCAUAACGUCACCUUCUACAGAGUCCACAACCAUGACAGUAUCCAAAAUAUCAACCACAACCACAGCAUCAACGCCGAUAACAUCUUCAAAACUGCCAACAUCCACACCCACUCCACAUUCAACAAGCACUGCGGAAACACCCACUGGCUCAAAGACAACUACAACCUGUACAACUGAAACCACGGGGACCGUGGAAACACAUUCACCCACCACUCCACCUUCAACCACCUCCCCAAUCACAACAUUCUCUGCAACUACGACCACAACAUCACCCACACCCACAGGGCCACCUCAAUCAUCAUCAACAUCACACAAAACACAAUCGUCAACUGCUUCCACCAGUGUUUCUCCAACUGUGACCAUGACCACAUCGACACCUAGUGAAACACCAACUGAAACAAGACAACCACCAAGCUCACCCACUACAGUCACUUUAACCCCGACAAUGACGAGCACUUCAACAAGCACAACCGUGACUGCAACUACAACUGCUCAGUCAUCAACCCCAACAGCAACAAUCAGCAUAACGUCACCUUCUACAGAAUCCACAACCAUGACAGUAUCUAAAAUAUCAACCACAACCACAGCAUCAACGCCGAUAACAUCUUCAAAACUGCCAACAUCCACACCCACUCCACAUUCAACAAGCACUGCGGAAACACCCACCGGCUCAAAGACAACUACAACCUGUACAACUGAAACCACGGGGACCGUGGAAACACAUUCACCCACCGCUCCACCUUCAACCACCUCCCCAAUCACAACAUUCACUGCAACUACGACCGCAACAUCACCCACACCCACAGGGCCACCUCAAUCAUCAUCAACAUCACACAAAACACAAUCGUCAACCACUUCCACCAGUGUUUCUCCAACUGUGACCACGUCCACAUCGACACCUAGUGAAACACCAACUGAAACAAGACAACCACCAAGCUCACCCACUACAGUCACUUUAACCCCGACCACGACGAGCACUUCAACAAGCACAACCGUGACUGCAACUACAACUGCUCAGUCAUCAACCCCAACAGCAACAAUCAGCAUAACGUCACCUUCUACAGAGUCCACAACCAUGACAGUAUCCAAAAUAUCAACCACAACCACAGCAUCAACGCCGAUAACAUCUUCAAAACUGCCAACAUCCACACCCACUCCACAUUCAACAAGCACUGCGGAAACACCCACUGGCUCAAAGACAACUACAACCUGUACAACUGAAACCACGGGGACCGUGGAAACACAUUCACCCACCACUCCACCUUCAACCACCUCCCCAAUCACAACAUUCUCUGCAACUACGACCACAACAUCACCCACACCCACAGGGCCACCUCAAUCAUCAUCAACAUCACACAAAACACAAUCGUCAACUGCUUCCACCAGUGUUUCUCCAACUGUGACCACGACCACAUCGACACCUAGUGAAACACCAACUGAAACAAGACAACCACCAAGCUCACCCACUACAGUCACUUUAACCCCGACAAUGACGAGCACUUCAACAAGCACAACCGUGACUGCAACUACAACUGCUCAGUCAUCAACCCCAACAGCAACAAUUAGCAUAACGUCACCUUCUACAGAAUCCACAACCAUGACAGUAUCCAAAAUAUCAACCACAACCACAGCAUCAACGCCGAUAACAUCUUCAAAACUGCCAACAUCCACACCCACUCCACAUUCAAUAAGCACUGGGGAAACACCCACCGGCUCAAAGACAACUACAACCUGUACAACUGAAACCACGGGGACCGUGGAAACACAUUCACCCACCGCUCCACCUUCAACCACCUCCCCAAUCACAACAUUCUCUGCAACUACGACCACCACAUCACCCACACCCACAGGGCCACCUCAAUCAUCAUCAACAUCACACAAAACACAAUCGUCAACCGCUUCCACCAGUGUUUCUCCAACUGUGACCACGACCACAUUGACACCUAGUGAAACACCAACUGAAACAAGACAACCACCAAGCUCACCCACUACAGUCACUUUAACCCCGACAACGACGAGCACUUCAACAAGCACAACCGUGACUGCAACUACAACUGCUCAGUCAUCAACCCCAACAGCAACAAUCAGCAGAACGUCACCUUCUACAGAAUCCACAACCAUGACAGUAUCCAAAAUAUCAACCACAACCACAGCAUCAACGCCGAUAACAUCUUCAAAACUGCCAACAUCCACACCCACUCCACAUUCAACAAGCACUGCGGAAACACCCACCGGCUCAAAGACAACUACAACCUGUACAACUGAAACCACGGGGACCGUGGAAACACAUUCACCCACCGCUCCACCUUCAACCACCUCCCCAAUCACAACAUUCUCUGCAACUACGACCACAACAUCACCCACACCCACAGGGCCACCUCAAUCAUCAUCAACAUCACACAAAACACAAUCGUCAACCGCUUCCACCAGUGUUUCUCCAACUGUGACCACGACCACAUUGACACCUAGUGAAACACCAACUGAAACAAGACAACCACCAAGCUCAUCCACAACAGUCACUUUAACCCCGACAACGACGAGCACUUCAACAAGCACAACCGUGACUGCAACUACAACUGCUCAAUCAUCAACCCCAACAGCAACAAUCAGCAUAACGUCACCUUCUACAGAAUCCACAACCAUGACAGUAUCCAAAAUAUCAACCACAACCACAGCAUCAACGCCGAUAACAUCUUCAAAACUGCCAACAUCCACACCCACUCCACAUUCAAUAAGCACUGGGGAAACACCCACCGGCUCAAAGACAACUACAACCUGUACAACUGAAACCACGGGGACCGUGGAAACACAUUCACCCACCGCUCCACCUUCAACCACCUCCCCAAUCACAACAUUCUCUGCAACUACGACCACCACAUCACCCACACCCACAGGGCCACCUCAAUCAUCAUCAACAUCACAUAAAACACAAUCGUCAACCGCUUCCACCAGUGUUUCUCCAACUGUGACCACGACCACAUCGACACCUAGUGAAACACCAACUGAAACAAGACAACCACCAAGCUCACCCACUACAGUCACUUUAACCCCGACAACGACGAGCACUUCAACAAGCACAACCGUGACUGCAACUACAACUGCUCAGUCAUCAACCCCAACAGCAACAAUCAGCAGAACGUCACCUUCUACAGAAUCCACAACCAUGACAGUAUCCAAAAUAUCAACCACAACCACAGCAUCAACGCCGAUAACAUCUUCAAAACUGCCAACAUCCACACCCACUCCACAUUCAACAAGCACUGCGGAAACACCCACUGGCUCAAAGACAACUACAACCUGUACAACUGAAACCACGGGGACCGUGGAAACACAUUCACCCACCGCUCCACCUUCAACCACCUCCCCAAUCACAACAUUCUCUGCAACUACGACCACAACAUCACCCACACCCACAGGGCCACCUCAAUCAUCAUCAACAUCACACAAAACACAAUCGUCAACUGCUUCCACCAGUGUUUCUCCAACUGUGACCACGACCACAUUGACACCGAGUGAAACACCAACUGAAACAAGACAACCACCAAGCUCACCCACUACAGUCACUUUAACCCCGACAACGACGAGCACUUCAACAAGCACAACCGUGACUGCAACUACAACUGCUCAGUCAUCAACCCCAACAGCAACAAUUAGCAUAACGUCACCUUCUACAGAAUCCACAACCAUGACAGUAUCCAAAAUAUCAACCACAACCACAGCAUCAACGCCGUUAACAUCUUCAAAACUGCCAACAUCCACACCCACUCCACAUUCAACAAGCACUGCGGAAACACCCACCGGCUCAAAGACAACUACAACCUGUACAACUGAAACCACGGGGACCGUGGAAACACAUUCACCCACCGCUCCACCUUCAACCACCUCCCCAAUCACAACAUUCUCUGCAACUACGACCACAACAUCACCCACACCCACAGGACCACCUCAAUCAUCAUCAACAUCACACAAAACACAAUCGUCAACCGCUUCCACCAGUGUUUCUCCAACUGUGACCACGACCACAUCGACACCUAGUGAAACACCAACUGAAACAAGACAACCACCAAGCUCAUCCACAACAGUCACUUUAACCCCGACAACGACGAGCACUUCAACAAGCACAACCGUGACUGCAACUACAACUGCUCAGUCAUCAACCCCAACAGCAACAAUCAGCAUAACGUCACCUUCUACAGAAUCCACAACCAUGACAGUAUCCAAAAUAUCAACCACAACCACAGCAUCAACGCCGAUAACAUCUUCAAAACUGCCAACAUCCACACCCACUCCACAUUCAACAAGCACUGCGGAAACACCCACCGGCUCAAAGACAACUACAACCUGUACAACUGAAACCACGGGGACCGUGGAAACACAUUCACCCACCGCUCCACCUUCAACCACCUCCCCAAUCACAACAUUCACUGCAACUACGACCGCAACAUCACCCACACCCACAGGGCCACCUCAAUCAUCAUCAACAUCACACAAAACACAAUCGUCAACCACUUCCACCAGUGUUUCUCCAACUGUGACCAUGACCACAUCGACACCUAGUGAAACACCAACUGAAACAAGACAACCACCAAGCUCACCCACUACAGUCACUUUAACCCCGACAACGACGAGCACUUCAACAAGCACAACCGUGACUGCAACUACAACUGCUCAGUCAUCAACCCCAACAGCAACAAUCAGCAUAACGUCACCUUCUACAGAAUCCACAACCAUGACAGUAUCCAAAAUAUCAACCACAACCACAGCAUCAACGCCGAUAACAUCUUCAAAACUGCCAACAUCCACACCCACUCCACAUUCAACAAGCACUGCGGAAACACCCACCGGCUCAAAGACAACUACAACCUGUACAACUGAAACCACGGGGACCGUGGAAACACAUUCACCCACCGCUCCACCUUCAACCACCUCCCCAAUCACAACAUUCUCUGCAACUACGACCACCACAUCACCCACACCCACAGGGCCACCUCAAUCAUCAUCAACAUCACACAAAACACAAUCGUCAACUGCUUCCACCAGUGUUUCUCCAACUGUGACCACGACCACAUUGACACCGAGUGAAACACCAACUGAAACAAGACAACCACCAAGCUCACCCACUACAGUCACUUUAACCCCGACAACGACGAGCACUUCAACAAGCACAACCGUGACUGCAACUACAACUGCUCAGUCAUCAACCCCAACAGCAACAAUUAGCAUAACGUCACCUUCUACAGAAUCCACAACCAUGACAGUAUCCAAAAUAUCAACCACAACCACAGCAUCAACGCCGUUAACAUCUUCAAAACUGCCAACAUCCACACCCACUCCACAUUCAACAAGCACUGCGGAAACACCCACCGGCUCAAAGACAACUACAACCUGUACAACUGAAACCACGGGGACCGUGGAAACACAUUCACCCACCGCUCCACCUUCAACCACCUCCCCAAUCACAACAUUCUCUGCAACUACGACCACAACAUCACCCACACCCACAGGACCACCUCAAUCAUCAUCAACAUCACACAAAACACAAUCGUCAACCGCUUCCACCAGUGUUUCUCCAACUGUGACCACGACCACAUCGACACCUAGUGAAACACCAACUGAAACAAGACAACCACCAAGCUCAUCCACAACAGUCACUUUAACCCCGACAACGACGAGCACUUCAACAAGCACAACCGUGACUGCAACUACAACUGCUCAGUCAUCAACCCCAACAGCAACAAUCAGCAUAACGUCACCUUCUACAGAAUCCACAACCAUGACAGUAUCCAAAAUAUCAACCACAACCACAGCAUCAACGCCGAUAACAUCUUCAAAACUGCCAACAUCCACACCCACUCCACAUUCAACAAGCACUGCGGAAACACCCACCGGCUCAAAGACAACUACAACCUGUACAACUGAAACCACGGGGACCGUGGAAACACAUUCACCCACCGCUCCACCUUCAACCACCUCCCCAAUCACAACAUUCACUGCAACUACGACCGCAACAUCACCCACACCCACAGGGCCACCUCAAUCAUCAUCAACAUCACACAAAACACAAUCGUCAACCACUUCCACCAGUGUUUCUCCAACUGUGACCAUGACCACAUCGACACCUAGUGAAACACCAACUGAAACAAGACAACCACCAAGCUCACCCACUACAGUCACUUUAACCCCGACAACGACGAGCACUUCAACAAGCACAACCGUGACUGCAACUACAACUGCUCAGUCAUCAACCCCAACAGCAACAAUCAGCAUAACGUCACCUUCUACAGAAUCCACAACCAUGACAGUAUCCAAAAUAUCAACCACAACCACUGCAUCAUCGCCUGUAACUUCUUCAAAACUGCCAACAUCCACACCCACUCCACAUUCAACAAGCACUGCGGAAACACCCACCGGCUCAAAGACAACUACAACCUGUACAACUGAAACCACGGGGACCGUGGAAACACAUUCACCCACCGCUCCACCUUCAACCACCUCCCCAAUCACAACAUUCUCUGCAACUACGACCACCACAUCACCCACACCCACAGGGCCACCUCAAUCAUCAUCAACAUCACACAAAACACAAUCGUCAACCGCUUCCACCAGUGUUUCUCCAACUGUGACCACGACCACAUCGACACCUAGUGAAACACCAACUGAAACAAGACAACCACCAAGCUCACCCACUACAGUCACUUUAACCCCGACAACGACGAGCACUUCAACAAGCACAACCGUGACUGCAACUACAACUGCUCAGUCAUCAACCCCAACAGCAACAAUCAGCAUAACGUCACCUUCUACAGAAUCCACAACCAUGACAGUAUCCAAAAUAUCAACCACAACCACAGCAUCAACGCCGAUAACAUCUUCAAAACUGCCAACAUCCACACCCACUCCACAUUCAACAAGCACUGCGGAAACACCCACCGGCUCAAAGACAACUACAACCUGUACAACUGAAACCACGGGGACCGUGGAAACACAUUCACCCACCGCUCCACCUUCAACCACCUCCCCAAUCACAACAUUCUCUGCAACUACGACCACCACAUCACCCACACCCACAGGGCCACCUCAAUCAUCAUCAACAUCACACAAAACACAAUCGUCAACCGCUUCCACCAGUGUUUCUCCAACUGUGACCACGACCACAUCGACACCUAGUGAAACACCAACUGAAACAAGACAACCACCAAGCUCAUCCACAACAGUCACUUUAACCCCGACAACGACGAGCACUUCAACAAGCACAACCGUGACUGCAACUACAACUGCUCAGUCAUCAACCCCAACAGCAACAAUCAGCAUAACGUCACCUUCUACAGAAUCCACAACCAUGACAGUAUCCAAAAUAUCAACCACAACCACAGCAUCAACGCCGAUAACAUCUUCAAAACUGCCAACAUCCACACCCACUCCACAUUCAACAAGCACUGCGGAAACACCCACCGGCUCAAAGACAACUACAACCUGUACAACUGAAACCACGGGGACCGUGGAAACACAUUCACCCACUGCUCCACCUUCAACCACCUCCCCAAUCACAUUCUCUGCAACUACGACCACAUCACCCACACCCACAGGACCACCUCAAUCAUCAUCAACAUCACACAAAACACAAUCGUUAACCACUUCCACCAGUGUUUCUCCAACUGUGACCACGACCACAUCGACACCUAGUGAAACACCAACUGAAACAAGCCAACCACCAAGCUCACCCACUACAGUCACUUUAACCCCGACAACGACGAGCACUUCAACAAGCACAACCGUGACUGCAACUACAACUGCUCAGUCAUCAACCCCAACAGCAACAAUCAGCAUAACGUCACCUUCUACAGAAUCCACAACCAUGACAGUAUCCAAAAUAUCAACCACAACCACAGCAUCAACGCCGAUAACUUCUUCAAAACUGCCAACAUCCACACCCACUCCACAUUCAACAAGCACUGCGGAAACACCCACCGGCUCAAAGACAACUACAACCUGUACAACUGAAACCACGGGGACCGUGGAAACACAUUCACCCACCGCUCCACCUUCAACCACCUCCCCAAUCACAACAUUCUCUGCAACUACGACCACCACAUCACCCACACCCACAGGGCCACCUCAAUCAUCAUCAACAUCACACAAAACACAAUCGUCAACCGCUUCCACCAGUGUUUCUCCAACUGUGACCACGACCACAUCGACACCUAGUGAAACACCAACUGAAACAAGACAACCACCAAGCUCACCCACUACAGUCACUUUAACCCCGACAACGACGAGCACUUCAACAAGCACAACCGUGACUGCAACUACAACUGCUCAGUCAUCAACCCCAACAGCAACAAUCAGCAUAACGUCACCUUCUACAGAAUCCACAACCAUGACAGUAUCCAAAAUAUCAACCACAACCACAGCAUCAACGCCGAUAACAUCUUCAAAACUGCCAACAUCCACACCCACUCCACAUUCAACAAGCACUGCGGAAACACCCACCGGCUCAAAGACAACUACAACCUGUACAACUGAAACCACGGGGACCGUGGAAACACAUUCACCCACUGCUCCACCUUCAACCACCUCCCCAAUCACAACAUUCUCUGCAACUACGACCACCACAUCACCCACACCCACAGGGCCACCUCAAUCAUCAUCAACAUCACACAAAACACAAUCGUUAACCGCUUCCACCAGUGUUUCUCCAACUGUGACCACGACCACAUCGACACCUAGUGAAACACCAACUGAAACAAGCCAACCACCAAGCUCACCCACUACAGUCACUUUAACCCCGACAACGACGAGCACUUCAACAAGCACAACCGUGACUGCAACUACAACUGCUCAGUCAUCAACCCCAACAGCAACAAUCAGCAGAACGUCACCUUCUACAGAAUCCACAACCAUGACAGUAUCCAAAAUAUCAACCACAACCACAGCAUCAACGCCGAUAACAUCUUCAAAACUGCCAACAUCCACACCCACUCCACAUUCAACAAGCACUGCGGAAACACCCACCGGCUCAAAGACAACUACAACCUGUACAACUGAAACCACGGGGACCGUGGAAACACAUUCACCCACUGCUCCACCUUCAACCACCUCCCCAAUCACAUUCUCUGCAACUACGACCACAUCACCCACACCCACAGGACCACCUCAAUCAUCAUCAACAUCACACAAAACACAAUCGUUAACCACUUCCACCAGUGUUUCUCCAACUGUGACCACGACCACAUCGACACCUAGUGAAACACCAACUGAAACAAGCCAACCACCAAGCUCACCCACUACAGUCACUUUAACCCCGACAACGACGAGCACUUCAACAAGCACAACCGUGACUGCAACUACAACUGCUCAGUCAUCAACCCCAACAGCAACAAUCAGCAGAACGUCACCUUCUACAGAAUCCACAACCAUGACAGUAUCCAAAAUAUCAACCACAACCACAGCAUCAACGCCGAUAACAUCUUCAAAACUGCCAACAUCCACACCCACUUCACAUUCAACAAGCACUGCGGAAACACCCACCGGCUCAAAGACAACUACAACCUGUACAACUGAAACCACGGGGACUGUGGAAACACAUUCACCCACUGCUCCACCUUCAACCACCUCCCCAAUCACAACAUUCUCUGCAACUACGACCACCACAUCACCCACACCCACAGGGCCACCUCAAUCAUCAUCAACAUCACACAAAACACAAUCGUUAACCGCUUCCACCAGUGUUUCUCCAACUGUGACCACGACCACAUCGACACCUAGUGAAACACCAACUGAAACAAGCCAACCACCAAGCUCACCCACUGCAGUCACUUUAACCCCGACAAUGACGAGCACUUCAACAAGCACAACCGUGACUGCAACUACAACUGCUCAGUCAUCAACCCCAACAGCAACAAUUAGCAUAACGUCACCUUCUACAGAAUCCACAACCAUGACAGUAUCCAAAAUAUCAACCACAACCACAGCAUCAACGCCGAUAACAUCUUCAAAACUGCCAACAUCCACACCCGCUCCACAUUCAACAAGCACUGCGGAAACACCCACCGGCUCAAAGACAACUACAACCUGUACAACUGAAACCACGGGGACCGUGGAAACACAUUCACCCACUGCUCCACCUUCAACCACCUCCCCAAUCACAUUCUCUGCAACUACGACCACAUCACCCACACCCACAGGACCACCUCAAUCAUCAUCAACAUCACACAAAACACAAUCGUUAACCACUUCCACCAGUGUUUCUCCAACUGUGACCACGACCACAUCGACACCUAGUGAAACACCAACUGAAACAAGCCAACCACCAAGAUCACCCACUACAGUCACUUUAACCCCGACAACGACGAGCACUUCAACAAGCACAACCGUGACUGCAACUACAACUGCUCAGUCAUCAACCCCAACAGCAACAAUCAGCAUAACGUCACCUUCUACAGAAUCCACAACCAUGACAGUAUCCAAAAUAUCAACCACAACCACUGCAUCAACACCUGUAACUUCUUCAAAACUGCCAACAUCCACACCCACUCCACAUUCAACAAGCACUGCGGAAACACCCACCGGCUCAAAGACAACUACAACCUGUACAACUGAAACCACGGGGACCGUGGAAACACAUUCACCCACCGCUCCACCUUCAACCACCUCCCCAAUCACAACAUUCACUGCAACUACGACCCCAACAUCACCCACACCCACAGGGCCACCUCAAUCAUCAUCAACAUCACACAAAACACAAUCGUCAACCACUUCCACCAGUGUUUCUCCAACUGUGCCCAUGACCACAUCGACACCUAGUGAAACACCAACUGAAACAAGACAACCACCAAGCUCACCCACUACAGUCACUUUCACCCCGACAACGACGAGCACUUCAACAAGCACAACCGUGACUGCAACUACAACUGCUCAGUCAUCAACCCCAACAGCAACAAUCAGCAGAACGUCACCUUCUACAGAAUCCACAACCAUGACAGUAUCCAAAAUAUCAACCACAACCACAGCAUCAACGCCGAUAACAUCUUCAAAACUGCCAACAUCCACACCCACUUCACAUUCAACAAGCACUGCGGAAACACCCACCGGCUCAAAGACAACUACAACCUGUACAACUGAAACCACGGGGACUGUGGAAACACAUUCACCCACUGCUCCACCUUCAACCACCUCCCCAAUCACAACAUUCUCUGCAACUACGACCACCACAUCACCCACACCCACAGGGCCACCUCAAUCAUCAUCAACAUCACACAAAACACAAUCGUUAACCACUUCCACCAGUGUUUCUCCAACUGUGACCACGACCACAUCGACACCUAGUGAAACACCAACUGAAACAAGCCAACCACCAAGCUCACCCACUACAGUCACUUUAACCCCGACAACGACGAGCACUUCAACAAGCACAACCGUGACUGCAACUACAACUGCUCAGUCAUCAACCCCAACAGCAACAAUCAGCAUAACGUCACCUUCUACAGAAUCCACAACCAUGACAGUAUCCAAAAUAUCAACCACAACCACUGCAUCAACACCUGUAACUUCUUCAAAACUGCCAACAUCCACACCCACUCCACAUUCAACAAGCACUGCGGAAACACCCACCGGCUCAAAGACAACUACAACCUGUACAACUGAAACCACGGGGACCGUGGAAACACAUUCACCCACCGCUCCACCUUCAACCACCUCCCCAAUCACAACAUUCUCUGCAACUACGACCACCACAUCACCCACACCCACAGGGCCACCUCAAUCAUCAUCAACAUCACACAAAACACAAUCGUUAACCACUUCCACCAGUGUUUCUCCAACUGUGACCACGACCACAUCGACACCUAGUGAAACACCAACUGAAACAAGCCAACCACCAAGCUCACCCACUACAGUCACUUUAACCCCGACAAUGACGAGCACUUCAACAAGCACAACCGUGACUGCAACUACAACUGCUCAGUCAUCAACCCCAACAGCAACAAUUAGCAUAACGUCACCUUCUACAGAAUCCACAACCAUGACAGUAUCCAAAAUAUCAACCACAACCACAGCAUCAACGCCGAUAACAUCUUCAAAACUGCCAACAUCCACACCCACUCCACAUUCAACAAGCACUGCGGAAACACCCACCGGCUCAAAGACAACUACAACCUGUACAACUGAAACCACGGGGACCGUGGAAACACAUUCACCCACCGCUCCACCUUCAACCACCUCCCCAAUCACAACAUUCUCUGCAACUACGACCACCACAUCACCCACACCCACAGGGCCACCUCAAUCAUCAUCAACAUCACACAAAACACAAUCGUCAACCGCUUCCACCAGUGUUUCUCCAACUGUGACCACGACCACAUCGACACCUAGUGAAACACCAACUGAAACAAGACAACCACCAAGCUCACCCACUACAGUCACUUUCACCCCGACAACGACGAGCACUUCAACAAGCACAACCGUGACUGCAACUACAACUGCUCAGUCAUCAACCCCAACAGCAACAAUUAGCAUAACGUCACCUUCUACAGAAUCCACAACCAUGACAGUAUCCAAAAUAUCAACCACAACCACAGCAUCAACGCCGAUAACAUCUUCAAAACUGCCAACAUCCACACCCACUCCACAUUCAACAAGCACUGCGGAAACACCCACCGGCUCAAAGACAACUACAACCUGUACAACUGAAACCACGGGGACCGUGGAAACACAUUCACCCACCGCUCCACCUUCAACCACCUCCCCAAUCACAACAUUCUCUGCAACUACGACCACCACAUCACCCACACCCACAGGGCCACCUCAAUCAUCAUCAACAUCACACAAAACACAAUCGUCAACCGCUUCCACCAGUGUUUCUCCAACUGUGACCACGACCACAUCGACACCUAGUGAAACACCAACUGAAACAAGACAACCACCAAGCUCACCCACUACAGUCACUUUAACCCCGACAACAACGAGCACUUCAACAAGCACAACCGUGACUGCAACUACAACUGCUCAGUCAUCAACCCCAACAGCAACAAUUAGCAUAACGUCACCUUCUACAGAAUCCACAACCAUGACAGUAUCCAAAAUAUCAACCACAACCACUGCAUCAACGCCGAUAACAUCUUCAAAACUGCCAACAUCCACACCCACUCCACAUUCAACAAGCACUGCGGAAACACCCACCGGCUCAAAGACAACUACAACCUGUACAACUGAAACCACGGGGACUGUGGAAACACAUUCACCCACUGCUCCACCUUCAACCACCUCCCCAAUCACAUUCUCUGCAACUACGACCACAUCACCCACACCCACAGGACCACCUCAAUCAUCAUCAACAUCACACAGAACACAAUCGUCAACCGCUUCCACCAGUGUUUCUCCAACUGUGACCACGACCACAUUGACACCUAGUGAAACACCAACUGAAACAAGACAACCACCAAGCUCACCCACUACAGUCACUUUAACCCCGACAACGACGAGCACUUCAACAAGCACAACCGUGACUGCAACUACAACUGCUCAGUCAUCAACCCCAACAGCAACAAUUAGCAUAACGUCACCUUCUACAGAAUCCACAACCAUGACAGUAUCCAAAAUAUCAACCACAACCACAGCAUCAACGCCGAUAACAUCUUCAAAACUGCCAACAUCCACACCCACUCCACAUUCAACAAGCACUGCGGAAACACCCACCGGCUCAAAGACAACUACAACCUGUACAACUGAAACCACGGGGACCGUGGAAACACAUUCACCCACCGCUCCACCUUCAACCACCUCCCCAAUCACAACAUUCUCUGCAACUACGACCACCACAUCACCCACACCCACAGGGCCACCUCAAUCAUCAUCAACAUCACACAAAACACAAUCGUCAACCGCUUCCACCAGUGUUUCUCCAACUGUGACCACGACCACAUCGACACCUAGUGAAACACCAACUGAAACAAGACAACCACCAAGCUCACCCACUACAGUCACUUUCACCCCGACAACGACGAGCACUUCAACAAGCACAACCGUGACUGCAACUACAACUGCUCAGUCAUCAACCCCAACAGCAACAAUUAGCAUAACGUCACCUUCUACAGAAUCCACAACCAUGACAGUAUCCAAAAUAUCAACCACAACCACAGCAUCAACGCCGAUAACAUCUUCAAAACUGCCAACAUCCACACCCACUCCACAUUCAACAAGCACUGCGGAAACACCCACCGGCUCAAAGACAACUACAACCUGUACAACUGAAACCACGGGGACCGUGGAAACACAUUCACCCACCGCUCCACCUUCAACCACCUCCCCAAUCACAACAUUCUCUGCAACUACGACCACCACAUCACCCACACCCACAGGGCCACCUCAAUCAUCAUCAACAUCACACAAAACACAAUCGUCAACCGCUUCCACCAGUGUUUCUCCAACUGUGACCACGACCACAUCGACACCUAGUGAAACACCAACUGAAACAAGACAACCACCAAGCUCACCCACUACAGUCACUUUAACCCCGACAACAACGAGCACUUCAACAAGCACAACCGUGACUGCAACUACAACUGCUCAGUCAUCAACCCCAACAGCAACAAUUAGCAUAACGUCACCUUCUACAGAAUCCACAACCAUGACAGUAUCCAAAAUAUCAACCACAACCACUGCAUCAACGCCGAUAACAUCUUCAAAACUGCCAACAUCCACACCCACUCCACAUUCAACAAGCACUGCGGAAACACCCACCGGCUCAAAGACAACUACAACCUGUACAACUGAAACCACGGGGACUGUGGAAACACAUUCACCCACUGCUCCACCUUCAACCACCUCCCCAAUCACAUUCUCUGCAACUACGACCACAUCACCCACACCCACAGGACCACCUCAAUCAUCAUCAACAUCACACAGAACACAAUCGUCAACCGCUUCCACCAGUGUUUCUCCAACUGUGACCACGACCACAUUGACACCUAGUGAAACACCAACUGAAACAAGACAACCACCAAGCUCACCCACUACAGUCACUUUAACCCCGACAACGACGAGCACUUCAACAAGCACAACCGUGACUGCAACUACAACUGCUCAGUCAUCAACCCCAACAGCAACAAUUAGCAUAACGUCACCUUCUACAGAAUCCACAACCAUGACAGUAUCCAAAAUAUCAACCACAACCACAGCAUCAACGCCAAUAACAUCUUCAAAACUGCCAACAUCCACACCCACUCCACAUUCAACAAGCACUGCGGAAACACCCACUGGCUCAAAGACAACUACAACCUGUACAACUGAAACCACGGGGACCGUGGAAACACAUUCACCCACCGCUCCACCUUCAACCACCUCCCCAAUCACAACAUUCACUGCAACUACGACCGCAACAUCACCCACACCCACAGGGCCACCUCAAUCAUCAUCAACAUCACACAAAACACAAUCGUCAACCGCUUCCACCAGUGUUUCUCCAACUGUGACCAUGACCACAUCGACACCUAGUGAAACACCAACUGAAACAAGACAACCACCAAGCUCACCCACUACAGUCACUUUAACCCCGACAACGACGAGCACUUCAACAAGCACAACCGUGACUGCAACUACAACUGCUCAGUCAUCAACCCCAACAGCAACAAUCAGCAUAACGUCACCUUCUACAGAAUCCACAACCAUGACAGUAUCCAAAAUAUCAACCACAACCACAGCAUCAACGCCGAUAACAUCUUCAAAACUGCCAACAUCCACACCCACUCCACAUUCAACAAGCACUGCGGAAACACCCACCGGCUCAAAGACAACUACAACCUGUACAACUGAAACCACGGGGACCGUGGAAACACAUUCACCCACCGCUCCACCUUCAACCACCUCCCCAAUCACAACAUUCACUGCAACUACGACCGCAACAUCACCCACACCCACAGGGCCACCUCAAUCAUCAUCAACAUCACACAAAACACAAUCGUCAACCACUUCCACCAGUGUUUCUCCAACUGUGACCAUGACCACAUCGACACCUAGUGAAACACCAACUGAAACAAGACAACCACCAAGCUCACCCACUACAGUCACUUUAACCCCGACAACGACGAGCACUUCAACAAGCACAACCGUGACUGCAACUACAACUGCUCAGUCAUCAACCCCAACAGCAACAAUCAGCAUAACGUCACCUUCUACAGAAUCCACAACCAUGACAGUAUCCAAAAUAUCAACCACAACCACAGCAUCAACGCCGAUAACAUCUUCAAAACUGCCAACAUCCACACCCACUCCACAUUCAACAAGCACUGCGGAAACACCCACCGGCUCAAAGACAACUACAACCUGUACAACUGAAACCACGGGGACCGUGGAAACACAUUCACCCACCGCUCCACCUUCAACCACCUCCCCAAUCACAUUCUCUGCAACUACGACCACAUCACCCACACCCACAGGGCCACCUCAAUCGUCAUCAACAUCACACAAAACACAAUCGUCAACCGCUUCCUCCAGUGUUUCUCCAACUGUGACCACGACCACAUCGACACCUAGUGAAACACCAACUGAAACAAGCCAACCACCAAGCUCACCCACUACAGUCACUUUAACCCCGACAACGACGAGCACGUCAACAAGCACAACCGUGACUGCAACUACAACUGCUCAGUCAUCAACCCCAACAGCAACAAUCAGCAUAACGUCACCUUCUACAGUAUCCACCAUAUCCAAAAUAUCAACUAUAACCUCUGGCUCUACAACAACUACUAUCUGUACAACUGAAACGAUGGAGACUACUGAAUCACAGUCAACCUUACCCACCUCCCAAGUCACAAAACCCUCUGCAACGGCAACUUCUUCACUUGUUUCAACUGUGUCACCAAACGUAACAUCUCCAACAACUUUCCACUCAGCAACGUCCACAAUUACUAGAAUGCCUUCACCUACACUUACAAGCAUAACCUCUGUGAGUUCUGCUACCUCUGGAAAUUUCACCCCCCAUCAGUCUACCACAAAUGUCAACAAAUGGAGCACAACUACUUCAGUCACUGUUCCAGUCACCAGGACUGCAUCAGCAAGUACUGUGUCUGCAACUACAAUCACGAUACCUUCAACAUUUUCUCAACCAACACAGACUGCUUCCUCUGUGAAUUCUACGAUUUCUCCUACUGCAAGCUAUCCAUCUGCAACCACAGAAUGUUUUUGCAUUGUAAACGGAACUGUGUAUUCUCAAGGUGAAAUUAUAUAUAACUACACUGACAAAGAUGGAUUUUGCAUCUUUGCAAAAUGCAAUGCUACUUGUGGUAUUGAAAAACAUAUAUGGCCUUGUGGAACCACAAUACCUUCUCCUACAAGCACACCUAUGAGUAGUACCAGCUAUGCAACUGAACCUAUCACAAAAAUAGAAGCUUGUCCAGAUUUUGAUCCUCCAAGACAGCAUAAUGAGACAUGGUUACUCUGUGAAUGUUUAAUGGCAACAUGUAUAGAAAAGAAUAUAAUUUCCAUACAACCUGUGGUCUGUCCAACUGUUGAACCUCUUGAAUGUGCCAAUGGCCAUGAACCUGUCAAAGUGUACGAUGAAAACGGUUGUUGUUACCAUUAUGAGUGUGACUGCUACUGCAAUGGAUGGGGAGGAUCACAUUUUGUUACAUUCGAUGGCCAAUACUACACCUAUGAUGGCAAUUGCACCUAUGUCCUUGUGGAAGAAACGACUCCAUCAUCUACCAAUUUUGGUAUUUACAUUGACAACUAUCACUGUGACGUUGAAAAUAGUGUCUCUUGCCCACAUGCUAUUAUGGUGAAAUUUGAAAACCUGGACAUACAGAUCACAAAUAUUGAUCCAACUGGAAUUCAGCAACAGGUAACUGUUAAUGACAGCAUUGUGUCACUACCCUAUUCAAGAGAUGGUGUGAAAAUCUCCAGCUCAGGCCUUAAUGUGAUGCUUGAAAUUCCAAAACUAAAGGCAUUUGUUACGUUCAAUGGUUUAGCUUUUGCAAUCAAACUUCCAAGUGAAAUAUUUGAAAAUAAUACGCAAGGGCAGUGUGGAACGUGUAAUAAUGUUCGGAGUGAUGACUGUAUAUUGCCCAAUGGAAAGCCUGCAACCACCUGUUCUGAAAUGGCUGAAUACUGGCAAGUCAAAGAUUCCAACAAGCCAAACUGCAAUGGACCAUCUUCACUACCUACUCUAAGACCUCAAGUUACAGUCAGUCCCCAAACAACGCAAAAGCCUUGUCAAGAAAAACAGAGUUGUAAGCGAAUAAAAAAAAUGAUCCAGAUAACCCAUGAUGGAUGCCAAUCAUCAGACAAAAUAGAAAUUGCAGAAUGUGAAGGGAUGUGUGGUACUUACUCUAUGUAUUCUUCAGAAGUAAACUCAAUGGAACACAAAUGUAACUGUUGUCAAGAGAUGAAGACCCACAAGAGGGAGAUUACUUUAAUAUGCCCUGAUGGAAGUACUGUUCAAUACUCAUAUGUCUAUGUGGAUUCAUGUCACUGCGUGGAAAAUAACUGUGAGGAACCAACCAGCUCACUUUCUAACAGCACAAUCCACGAAGUAUUUCGAGUGAAACGCAGUCCAGACAGAAUCAAUGAGUCUGGAGACAAGCUCAGCUUGAUCAAUUUACAAAAAGAGACAGACUUCUUAAGUUUUAAUGAAGUCAAUGAAGCCAACAAACAUAAAAGGGAAAGAAGCUUAGAAAAUGAUCUACAAGAAAAUCGACCUAAGGAAAGAAAGCCAAGGCAUGGGAGACGAGCAAAUGCUCAGAAGCGUAUAAAGCUCACAUAA